AUCGACGGUUUCGAUGGCUACUUCGACGAGGAGUGAGGAUGGGGUGGUGGAUGUGCGGAAUAUGAGCCUGUCGACGUUCCAGACGAAGUAUACCAGUGAAGACAACGAGUCGUUCUAUAAGUUGCUCGAUCGGCAGAAUGUGAAGAAGCGGCAGAAGUAUGCGUGGAUGUGGAAUGGGAAUAAGAUUUUGGCGCCGAGGCAGAUUGCGUUUCGGAAGCGGGAGGCGGAGAGGAUGGGGAGGCUUGCUCUUCCUUCCUCCUCCUCCUCGUCCUCCUCCUCCUCUUCUUCCAGUUCUUCUAUAGCGCUGUCGAUUUCGGCUUCGGCGUCGGUUGCGGUUUCGGAAGGUGAAGGUCCGACGACUACUACUACGAAUAAUAAUAAUAACAAUAAUAAUGAUAACAAACAACUCCAACCCAUCACAACCGAUCAAGAUGCCCGCCCCGCCCAACCGGACGCAUGGGCCUACAAGCCCGAAAACUCCCUCAUGUUCGUCCCAUCCUCCAUCGAAGACACGCACGAAACCGUCGCGCAGAAGGCGGAAGCCACAUCCCGCGCCGCUCCCAAACGCGUCAUAUACAGCAACACCCGCGUCCAACCCAUCCCACCACCACACCCGGACCCCAACACCAGGAAGGACGACAGCAGCAUACCCCCCUCCCCCUCCCUCUCCGCCAUCCGCGACGCCAUCGCCGGCCGCCCGCGCCCCGCCGGCUCCGAACCAGGAUACACAGGCGGCGAAACGCCCCGCGUCAACGGCUACGCCUUCGUCGACGAAGACGAGCCAGCACCCGCACAGCCCGGCGAAGACGGCCACGACGAAGCCUACCACCUCUCCCUCCUCAAAAUGAACAUCGACACCUCCCCCUCCGCAACCCCGAACCCCUUCACCAUCCGCGAGAACCGUCGCCGCGAACGCCUGCACCACCGCAUGGUCGAGCGCGUCGCGACGAACAAGCGCGCGGAGCGCGCGGGGAGGGAUGGCCGCACGCCUGUGCCGAAGUUUCCGAGCAGUCCUAUGAUUGCGUUUGGGAGGACGCCUGGGGGUGGUGGCAUUGGUGCUGGUGCUGGUGCUGGUGGGAGAACGCCUGGUGGGGGGAAGGGGUUGAGUAAAGCGUCGCUGACGCCGGCGGCGCAGAGGCUGUGGGCGUCUGUGGGGAGUACGCCGGGGCGGCGGCGGGGGGUGGGGGUUGAGGAAGCGUCGAGGGAGAUGUGGACGCCUAGGGUGACGCCGAGGAAGAAGUAGGGUAGAUUUUUUUUUGGGGGGGGGGGGUGGAGGUGGAGUGGAGGCGUUGGAAGUAGGUCUGGGUUCGAAUAGGUUGGGGGAUAUGAGGUUGUUGUUAAUCAACAUCAUUCUACAUUUCUGUGCUUUUGGUAUCCCGAUGUUUUGCUCUAUAUACAUCUCUACAGCGUAUUCAUAUUAGAAAUUAUUCGCAGGUGGAACUUUAUAUGUUUGAACUGUUCCUGCUUGGGGUAGUAGGCUGGAGUUUAAUAAGGACCAUGAAAUAUUGAUUAUAACGAACGUUGUUGAGUAAAAAUAUGUGGUAGCUAGCUAGCUACUUUCGGUGAAGUAAGUAAUUGGUCUAUUACAGAAGUGUAUUGUUGGUGUAACCAAGGUGCUACUAUCCUGUUCAUGAGAGGGAAAACAGAGAACCGAGAUAUGGAAAAGAGCGAACCCCCGGAGCCUUCUGCAACCAUAGAAUGAUUUUAAAUGGAUGUAGAUGAUAGAAGGGGAUCAAGGUAAACAGCAUUGCCGGGGUAUGAAUAUUUCGCAAUACCACACCGGUUUUCAAACAAAAGUGCCGAAAAAAUGGUGGGACGAUGAGCUUUGUGGAAAGCCCGGCGAUCUUAGACAAGCCAUUAAUUAUACUAUCAGGCAACCCAUUGCCCCGUUCCCUCAAUGACUUACAUACCCCCCCUCUUAUCUGUGAUCGAUAAUACACACCUCCAUGCCUACCAGUUUCGGCCAAAAGAGAUAAGAAAUAGAAUCGCUAAAGCUAACGCGAGAGAGAAAGAAAGAGUGAGCAAGAAAACGCAAAAUGUAGAAUCUAUAACAUCCAAAACGCCAUCCAAAAGCCCGCAACUCCACCGAGUACAAGCAUGAACCCACCCCCAGCAACCCCACCGGCCCCGUUCAAGAAAUACACCGCCCCAAAAUAACUACACGUAACAUCGCCAUUGGGACUUUUCAUCCCGUAAGAGUCAUUCAACCACCGGCCCGUCGGACACGAAAACCUUAGCGCGGCAGGACAGCUUUGCACGAGCUCAUAGCAGAGGUCCUGGCAGGGCAAGACCUCUUUAUACGGACCCGGUUUAAUCUCCUUGUCGAUGAGCGCGUUGCGCGACGAGUUUGAGAGCACCAUUUGGCGCAGCGGGCUGUCGAGGGCGAUGGCGGUGUUGUUGGGGAAGGCCUGGGCGGUGUUGCGCGGGCGGAGGAAGGGGAGGGUGCUGGAGUAGUCGGCGCAGCGGGGGAUUGUGACGGCGCAGAGCCACUGUUUGUAAGCGGCGGCGCAGUCAGUGCAGUUGCGGGCGAGGGAGUAGAGGGAUGUGUCGGAGGUGUUGCAGGGGAUUUGGGCGAGGGAGCGGGAGAAGUUUUUGUAGAGGUUGCGGGCGUGGGUGUCAUAGAUCUUGGCGAGGUCCGUGCGGCUUAUGGAUGGGUUGGAGGGGACGGCGUAUGCUACUUCUGAGCAGAAUUCGAGGUCGUGUAGGAUGGCGCAGUUGUUUUCUGUUUGGUGGAUAUAUGGGCGUUAGUAUAUCGUGACCAUAUAUGUCAGGGAGCAAUACUCCACACGGAUCCAUCCCAUCUUUAUAGGGGUUAAAAAUCAUGCGUACCUGCCUUGGUGGUAAAGUUCGUGGGUUUCCAAACCUUGCCGCCGCCGCCAACUACUCCACUGCCAGAAUCAGUGGAGUUGCCCUCUAUUGCUAGAAACCCGUAAUAGGAUGAACUACUAUUUAGGCCUCGGAUAUAGAACUGUUCUUUUGGUUUGUGCUUGGGGCCCCUGUUGGUCAUGCUGACCUGUACAUUAUCCCCGUCC